UUCUGGCAUUUUCAGUUGCUAAUUCGUUCUCGUCAGUCUCGAGCGCUCAUUUCUUACUGUUACGUAACCCUUUUCGUGUUACUUAUACAUUGUUACCUACCAGAAAAUUUUUAAAAUUAGUGAAAAACGCAAUCCGUUUUCCCCCCUUUCUUCAUUCUACUAAAUUGUUUUUAACAAGAAAUUAAGAAUGCUGUGUUUUAAACGUACGAUAACCGCAAAUCAACGUUUCUGUAGAAAUAUUUCUCUGAAAUCAACUGUAAGUGUUGAAGAGCUUCGAAAAUUCAAUGCAAUGGCAAAGGAAUGGUGGGACGUCGACGGACCAGUCAAGCCCUUACACUCGUUCAAUAAACUAAGAGUACCUUUUCUUGAACGUGGCAUUUAUUCUUGUCAAAAAUCAGUCGUGACAAACGCUACCCGCGCACUUCCUUUAGCCGGAUGCAAAAUAUUAGACGUCGGGUGCGGUGCGGGCAUUUUGAGCGAAAAUCUAGGUCGUUUAGGAGCAAGUGUUACAGGCAUCGAUCCGAGCGAAGAUAAUAUUCGAGUAGCUCUUCUACGCGCCCACAAAAUGAAGCUAAAAAAUGUGUCUUAUGCAGUCAAAACUGUUGAAGAUGUCGACCCAUCUAAUGCUCAUUCUCCAACUCUAUUUGAUGCCGUCGUCGCAUCGGAAGUUAUAGAGCAUGUGGAAAACCAGAAAUUUUUUGUCAAGAAAUGCAGUCAAUUGCUAAAGCCAGGAGGUUCUUUAUUUAUAACCACCCAAAAUAGGACUGCUGCUUCUUGGGCCUUCGUCAUCUUUGGAGCGGAAUACGUUUUUAAUAUUAUACCAAGAGGGACACAUGAAUGGACAAAGUUUCUCACUCCGGACGAGCUCAUUUUUGAAACAGAAAAAAAUGGUUGUCAACUGCGGCAGCUUCGUGGCUAUUUCUAUAAUCCCUUCAUUGACAGAUGGACUUGGUCUAAAUCCACUAGCGUCAAUUAUGCCUUACACGUACAAAAAUCCCAUCAUAGCAAGUGGUAAAUAAUUGAUGGAAAAUAUCAAAUUCACUAUAUAGCCUCGUUAUGGAGAUCUUAACAAAUGGUGGGUCGUUUUCAAAUUCACGUCAUGCAAAUUACUUAUGCCACAAUUUUCAACCUGAGUACAGUUUAUGGAAAUUGACUCUUAGCACGAACACAUUCUAAGCAAAAAUCGGCAAAAAUUCAUGUUAGCGUGUCCGAUACUUUGACAACUACUUUGAUCAAAAAUGUAUAAAAAUUGUGAUUGGGAUAUUGGCAGAGUUCUACACAAAAUAUUAUAUUGCUUAAAUUAAUACAAUGGAGGGAAUGAAUAAAUUGAACAUGUAGCGUACAGCCCUUGAAAUACAAGCCACAACGUGUAUCAUUUA